AUGUACCUGAAGCUCUUUCACAACCAUCCCAACAUCAUUACCUUGCUGAACGUGGUGCGAGCAGAUCAGGAUCGUGACAUCUACUUGGUCUUUGAUCACAUGGAUCUGGAUCUGGGCAAGGCCAUCGAGUCGGGCAUCUUGACGACCUCACACCGCAAGUACAUCAUGGCUCAAGUUUUCGCUGGACUUUGCUACCUCCAUUCUGGCGGCAUCAUUCAUCGUGACCUGAAGCCUGACAACAUUCUUCUCAACGAGAGUUGUGACGCACAGGCAAGCAUGCGGUUCUGUGCUGGCACCAUGCUUUUGUUUUGA